UCGGUGAAAUCGUAACUAAUCAUUAUAAAACACUGUGUGCAGGAACACAUAAGCAGGGAGGACUCAAUUAACUGUUAUGAUUCAGAAGGCAGGCGAACUCAUUUUAAUCUCAUGAAAGGAAGGUUAGCAGAAAGGCUCUUUGAUUAAUACACAAGUCUUCCUCUGAAAUUAACUUCAGCGAAAUGUCUUCAACUGUGACCUCAUCGCUCAAUAAGGCUGAUAUAAUCAAGAUGAGUGCCAUCAUAGAUCUCCAGAUCUCCAUAAUCUGACAGAAUUAUUCCAUUCACAAUCCGGAUCUAGGGAUUUUCCCAGUAAGCCAGCAGGCCAUAUUCAGACAUAAAAAGAGCAGAGGAGUCAUGCCAUUCUCCUCAUCUGCAGCUAUUAUCAGUGGCUUAGCUGUUCUUGUGUGAGGUCCAGUGUGAGGAGAUGGGCAUGACCGGAUGGGGAGGCGAUGUGCCCAGCAGAGCAGCGAACGAAAGCCUCAUGCCACGGAUGGGCUACACGGUCCUGGCGGUCAUCGUCGGCCUGUUCUCGGUGCUCGGCAUCGUGCUGAACGUGACGGUGGUGGCGGUGACGCUGAGGCACAGGUCGCUCCGGCAGCCGCUGAACUUCGCUCUGGUGAGCCUGGCCGUGGCCGACCUGGGCUGUGCCGUGUUCGGAGGACUGCCCACCACAGUCACCAAUGCCAUGGGCUACUUCAGCCUGGGCCGGGCCGGCUGUGUGCUGGAGGGCUUCGCCGUCGCCUUCUUCGGCAUCGCGGGCCUGUGCUCGGUGGCCGUCAUCGCGCUGGAGCGCUGUCUGGUGGUGUGUCGGCCCGUGGGCUCAAUCUGCUUCAGCACCAGGCAUGCGGUGGCCGGGGUGGUGGCGGCCUGGCUCUGGUCCUUCCUCUGGAACACGCCGCCGCUGUUUGGCUGGGGGGGGUUCGAGCUGGAGGGCGUUCGGACCAGCUGUGCGCCGGACUGGUACAGCAGGAACUGGGCCAACGUCUCCUACAUCCUCUGCUACUUCUCUCUCUGCUUCGCUCUGCCUUUCUGUGUCAUUGUUGUGUCCUACACUCGCCUCCUGUGGACCCUGAGACAGGUGAGCCGGCUGGAGGGGCCGGAGCGGGUCAGCACCUCGCGGGCCGAGACCCAGGUGGCCUGUAUGGUGGUCGUCAUGGUGAUGGCCUUUCUGCUCACCUGGCUGCCCUACGCCGCACUCGCUCUGUCUGUGAUCAUAGACCCUGAGCUUCACGUCGACCCCGUGAUCGCCACGGUUCCCAUGUACCUGGCCAAGAGCAGCACGGCGUUCAACCCCAUAAUCUACAUAUUCAUGAACCGACAGUUCCGGGACCGUGCCGUGCCGUUCCUCCUGUGCGGCAGAAACCCGUGGGCCGAUGACCCGGGACACUCGGAGAAGGAGACCACCUUAUCCUCCAUCAGCAAGAGCAGCCGGGUCUCGCCGGGACCCCCUCACACGUGCGACUGAAGCGGAUUAGAACAUCUGUCUCUUCAUGCUCUCACUGCAGUGGUCAAGCACGGGCAUGACGGUUUUGCUCUGUUACGGCUGCGUUUGUUUAAAUAGGUUCUAUAUUGCAUUUGAAUAGUUAAAGGGGUUAUUGAUUAUAUGAUUUCACGUUUCUAACUGUAGUGAGUGUGUAAUGUUGCAGUUUGAGGAUAAACAACAUCAGAGCAAAGGGACAGAUUUACUUUUACAGACAUCGCUUGUUAAGGACUACAAUAAACAGCUGGUAGAACUACACGAGCUUCCUCCCGGGUUAGUGACAUCACUAGCUCUAAUAUUUACAUAACCCCACCCCCGGAACACGAUACUAGACUAGAAGAUAUCUCCACAUCAGCACUUUGUGUAACACACACA